AAAAAGAAAAAAGAAAAAAGAAAAAGAUACGUGCGACUUCAUUCCUCACUCCUCAGCCAAGACUCCAAGAGCCGCCUUCGUUCUUCACUCCUUAGAGACUCUCUCGACUCUCAGUCUCUCAUGUCUCAUCUGAAAUUUCAUGAACCCAGUUCGUUCAACUCAGUACAGGUCUCAGCUGUACAGUAGCCGCGGGUGUUCAGUUCGGUUGGGCUUUGCAGCUUUCGCUUUUAACUCCCUAUAUACAGGUAUUGAUUUAAAUGACGGAUUACCGAAAAUCCAAGCGAUACAAAAAUCUUUUGUCAUGGUUUACAAGUGAUACUCCAUCAAGUGGUAGUGGGAAUGAGAUUGGGAGUGGGAGUAGAAAUGUGACUAAGAUCGCACUGGGUUCCAAAUCUCAAAAAAAUAGAAGUUCACAAAUUUUGUAUGUAGCUUAGUUAUUAGCCCACCCCAUUUUCAGAUCCUGAUUCCGCCACUGCUCUUCAUCUUCAUCAGAAUGCCACCCAAUCUCUGCUCUUGUUCACCAAACGUGGCCGCCGUGUUCGUUGUUGAUGGAGAGACUUUGGAGGGAAGCAUAUUGAUUGCCACUUCACCUUGAAGCUUAGCUUAGCCUCUGUUAACAUGCAUAUAUUCAAGCAGCUUCUGCCCGACAUAAGUCGAUUAAAUGGUGCCAAAAAGUAUUUUCAAGCAUCAUGUUUUGCCUUUAUACAUUCAAGCCCAAACUCCCCAGUAGAAGUCCAUUCUCAAGAUCAGGAAGUAGUGAUUGCUUUGGGAAGCAAUGUGGGUGACAGACUACAUAAUUUCAAUGAAGCCUUGCAGUUAAUGAAAAAAUCAGGCGUGCAAAUAACAAGACAUGGCUGUUUGUAUGAGACAGCACCAGCCUACGUAACUGAUCAGCCUAACUUUUUAAACUCUGCAGUUAGAGCGGUUACAAAACUUGGGCCUCAUGAGCUCUUAGGAGCACUGAAGAAAAUUGAAAAGGACAUGGGUCGUACCCAAGGUAUAAGGUAUGGUCCCAGGCCUAUUGACUUGGAUAUAUUGUUUUACGGGAAGUUAAGAGUCAGAUCUGAGAUUCUUACAAUCCCUCAUGAAAGAAUUUGGGAAAGACCAUUUGUAAUAGCCCCAUUAUUGGAUUUGCUGGGAUCAGCUAUUGAUAGUGAUGUAGUUGCUUGUUGGCAUUCUUUCUCCAUGCAUUCUGGUGGGCUUUUUGAGUCUUGGGAGAAGUUGGGCGGUGAUUCCCUCAUUGGAAAAGAAGGUCUCAAGAGGGUUUUGCCCAUUGGAAAUGGCUUGUGGGACUGGUCAAUGAAAACCUCAGUCAUGGGAAUCCUUAAUCUGACUCCAGAUAGUUUUAGUGAUGGAGGAAAAUUUGAGUCUGUGGAGGCAGCGGUUUCUCAGGUUCGAUUGAUGAUUUCAGAAGGGGCAGAUAUGAUUGAUAUUGGUGCACAGUCAACGCGGCCAAUGGCUUCUAGAAUUUCAGUUGAACAAGAAUUGGAUAGACUAAUCCCAGUCCUAGAAGCAGUUGUUCGGAUGCCUGAAGUAGAGGGCAAGCUUAUAUCUGUGGAUACAUUUUAUUCAGAAGUUGCUUCUGAAGCAGUUAGUAAAGGGGCUCAUAUUGUAAAUGAUGUAUCUGCUGGUCAGUUGGACUCUAACAUGCUUAAUGUUGUUGCAGGCCUUAGGGUACCUUACAUUGCAAUGCACAUGAGGGGGGAUCCUUCUACAAUGCAGAACAGUGAAAACCUUCAAUAUGAUGAUGUUUGUAAGCAGGUUGCCUCCGAGCUAUUAUUGAGGGUGAGAGAUGCAGAAGUAUUAGGUAUCCCAGCUUGGAGGAUAAUCAUUGACCCUGGAAUUGGAUUUUCAAAGAAUACUGAACAGAAUCUGGAUAUCUUAAUGGGGUUACCACAUAUUCAAGAGGAAAUUGGGAGGAAAAGUUUGGCAUUAUCUCAUGCACCCAUAAUGAUUGGGUCUUCGAGAAAGAAAUUCUUAGGUGAAAUAUGUAAUCGCAAGGCUGCGAUUGAGAGGGAUCCUGCUACUGUUGCUUCUGUCACUGCUGGAGUUUUGGGCGGAGCAAAUAUUGUAAGAGUGCACAAUGUGAGGGAUAAUCUAGAUGCUGUGAAGCUAUGUGAUGCUAUGCUGAGACGGAAGAGAUCUUUUCCUCAAUAAGCAUAAGUUUUUUUAUCUCUUCAGUAAAGGGUGCUAUUGGUAUUUUUAUACUUCCUGUUUCAAUAUCUGACAUGAAAUACCAACAUGGAAACAUCAUUUUGUUCUCCUUAUGCUGGUUAAGCUGUUAGUGACCAUUUGUUGGCUGGGUAAAGUAAAUGUUUGGACUACGAUGUUGGAUUGGCUUGUUUUUUAUCCAAUCCACCCCAUUUUUGUGGGAUAAGGUGUCCCUAAAAAAGUUAAGAUAAUUUUUAUCCAUUGGGUUUAACCGAGCCAUAAUAGAAAUUUAAUAUCAUUAUAGCAAUUCCAGCCUUUGCUUGAUCCCCAAACCCCAGCUGCCAACAAUGAUGUCUCCAACUGUCUUUGGCUGUCUCUGCAGUUUCACCUGAAUUGAAUCUCUGUUUCUCAAAAACAACGGCAGAUAGUACCCUUUUGCAUCAUCUACUGAGCAUGUGGGAAUUGAUCAACUAUUAGUUCUUGGAGCUCGCAAGCUUUCAUUCUUGGUGGAUUCUAACAUGAUGUUAGAGAAAAUGAAUUGUCUUUGAACAACUGAAUUGUUGAAGCAAUAAGUUUUAAUGAUGCAUUGUAUUUGAACAACAGAAUUGUUGAACGAAUUUAAGCUUUUCCUUACCAGAAGUUGAAUAUUGCUGUCCAUUCUCAGUUUGCCUUUUGGAUUACAAAAAUUUGGAAUUCCAGUGGGGGUUAUUUUACUACAAAGCACUGUGUCAUUGAUUCAGCUUUU